GGCAAGAAGCAGCAGAAAUGGCGGAAGAAAAAAGCAGAUGAAACCACAGAGAACCAUGCGGAAGAGACAAUAGUGAUGUCUCAGGAACUUGAGAAUGCGUUCCGUAAAUUUGCUGUUUACGGGAACUCCAAGGCAACUGGAAAUGAAAUGACCGGCAAAAACUUCAGCAAACUCUGCAAGGAAUGCAACAUACAAGAAAAUGGAUGUACUAGUACGGAUGUGGACAUUGUCUUUGCCAAAGUGAAAGGUAAGGCAGCGCAUGUGAUUACCUACGGAGAAUUUCAGAAGGCACUGGAACUUCUGUCAGAGAAGAGAUUUCAAGGCCAACCGGCAAGUGAGGCAAUAGCAGCCAUCCACAAGCUUGUAGAGGCCAAAGAACCUGCAAGUAUGGGGACCACGAAAGCUGUGACUGCAGGGGCCGUGGAUCGUCUAACAGACACAUCAAAGUACACUGGAUCACAUAAGGAACGUUUUGAUGAGAGUGGCAAAGGCAAAGGCCUAGCAGGACGUGAAGAACUGACUGAUGGCUCUGGAUACGUUGGGGCAUAUAAGGGAGCGGGGACUUGCGAUAAGAAGACAAAGAAGUAGUUCGGGGAGGACCAAUUUAAAGACUGCUAAUAAUACCUGGUGGCACCUUAUAGACAUCAGAACUGUCCUAAAAUAAGCUAGGAUGAAACGGCUAAUGCUGCAGCAUCUAGGACCACUGUCCUCAUCUUACAUCAACCUGUCAAUAAUUACCAUCAAAUAUGAAAAGGAUUCCUCUCGUUCUUUUCUAGGUCAUAUAAGAAAUUAUAUUCUAUCCCAGGACUGUGCAAGUGGCAUAUUGCGUCUUUUAUUUUGCCAGGAGCAGCAAGACUGCUCAUCAGGAUAAGCUGUUUCUGUAUCGUAAACCUCUGAUUACAGGGGA